GAAGGUCUUUCCUAAAAAUUAUGUUAAUUUCUUAUAUAUGUUCGAUUAUUUUCAAAAUACAGGGGCGCGCGAAAGUCGUGAAAUUAUUUUCUACCCGCCCCCUCCCCCGAGCGGAAAUGAUAUUAUCCCUGUGAAUCUCCUUAAGGCGAGGCUUUCUCGCGCGCAAGCGCAGUUUAAAAUCACAUGGUGGCCGACCGGAGGUGGUGUGAAAAGUACAACAGUGGUGGCUGGGCCGUCUCUCUGGGUGUAGAAGCUCGGAACUGACCUGGAGGAUGUUGGGCUCAAAGAACAUGCCCUGGCGGCGGCUGCAGGGCAUUUCCUUCGGGAUGUAUUCGGCCGAAGAACUCAAGAAAUUAAGCGUGAAGUCCAUUACGAACCCUCGGUACCUGGAUAGCCUGGGGAACCCCUCAGUGAAUGGCCUGUAUGAUUUAGCUCUGGGCCCCGCCGACUCCAAAGAGGUGUGCUCUACCUGCGUGCAGGACUUCACCAACUGCUCUGGGCACCUGGGCCACAUCGAGCUCCCGCUCACCGUGUACAACCCUCUCCUCUUCGAUAAACUCUACCUAUUGCUCCGGGGCUCCUGUUUAAACUGUCACAUGCUGACCUGCCCCCGGGCUGUGGUUCACCUCUUACUCUGCCAACUGAGAGUCCUGGAAGUUGGGGCCCUGCAAGCAGUGUAUGAGCUGGAGAGAAUUCUCUACAGGUUUCUGGAAGAAAAUGCUGAUCCUACUGCCUGUGAAAUUCAGGAAGAGCUAGAACAAUAUACAAUCAAAAUCCUGCAGAACAACCUCCUGGGAUCCCAGGGUGCACAAGUGAAAAAUGUCUGUGAGAGCAGGAGCAAACUCAUCUCUGUCUUCUGGAAGGUACAUAUGACCGCUAAGAGAUGUCCCCACUGCAAAACUGGGCGGUCAGUGGUCCGAAAGGAGCACAAUAGCAAACUGACCAUCACAUAUCCAGCCAUGGUGCACAGGAGAGCUGACCAGAAGGACACCGAACCCCAGGGAAUUGAGGAAGCUCAGAUGGGAAAACGAGGAUACCUGACACCUUCCAGUGCUCAAGAACAUCUCAUAGCUCUUUGGAAAAAUGAAGGGUUCUUUCUGAAUUACCUUUUUUUGGGACUGGAAGAUGUUGGCAUGGAGUCCGGGUUCAACCCUAGUAUGUUCUUUCUGGAUUUCUUGGUGGUACCACCCUCAAGGUAUCGCCCUGUCAACCGCCUCGGGGACCAGAUGUUCACCAACGGGCAGACGGUGAACCUGCAGGCUGUCAUGAAGGACGUGGUUCUGAUCCGAAAGCUUCUGGCACUGAUGGCCCAAGAACAGGAGCUGCCAAGUGAGGUGGCAGCACCCACCACGGAAGAGGAAAAAGACUCUUCGAUGGCUAUGGACCGAUCCUUUUUGAGUCAGCUUCCAGGGCAGUCCCUCACAGACAAACUUUACAACAUUUGGAUUCGCCUUCAGAGCCACGUUAAUAUUGUGUUUGAUAGUGAGAUGGACAAAUUAAUGAUGGAAAAGUACCCUGGCAUUAGACAGAUCCUGGAGAAGAAGGAUGGUUUGUUCCGAAAGCACAUGAUGGGGAAGCGUGUAGACUAUGCAGCCCGCUCGGUCAUCUGCCCGGACAUGUACAUCAACACCAACGAAAUUGGAAUUCCCAUGGUGUUUGCCACAAAACUGACCUACCCUCAACCAGUCACCCCCUGGAACGUUCAGGAACUGAGGCAGGCGGUCAUCAACGGCCCCAACGUGCACCCCGGAGCCUCUAUGGUCAUCAACGAGGAUGGCAGUCGCACAGCCCUGAGCGCCUCGGACCUCACGCAGCGGGAGGCCGUGGCCAAACAGCUCCUGACACCAGCUACAGGGGCCCCUAAGCCCCAGGGGACAAAAAUUGUGUGCCGGCAUGUGAAGAACGGGGACAUUCUCCUCCUGAACCGGCAGCCCACCCUGCACAGGCCCUCCAUCCAGGCGCAUCGUGCCCGCGUCCUCCCCGAGGAGAAAGUCCUGCGGCUCCACUACGCCAACUGCAAGGCCUACAAUGCCGACUUCGACGGAGACGAGAUGAACGCCCACUUCCCCCAGAGUGAACUGGGCCGGGCCGAGGCCUACGUCCUGGCCUGCACUGAUCAGCAGUACCUUGUUCCCAAGGAUGGCCAGCCAUUGGCAGGGCUGAUCCAAGAUCACAUGGUUUCAGGAGCAAACAUGACCAUUCGAGGCUGCUUUUUCACCCGGGAGCAGUAUAUGGAGCUGGUGUACCGAGGACUCACAGACAAAGUGGGGCGUGUGAAGCUCUUUCCUCCUGCCAUCCUGAAGCCCUUUCCUCUGUGGACAGGAAAGCAGGUCGUGUCCACAUUGCUCAUCAACAUAAUCCCGGAGGACCAUAUCCCCUUGAACUUGUCAGGAAAGGCGAAGAUCGGCGGAAAGGCCUGGGUGAAGGAGCCUCCUCGGCUCGUUCCCGGCUUUAACCCCGACUCCAUGUGUGAGUCCCAGGUGAUCAUCAGAGCAGGGGAGCUGCUCUGCGGGGUGCUGGACAAGGCGCACUACGGGAGCUCCGCCUACGGCCUGGUCCACUGCUGCUACGAGAUCUACGGUGGGGAGACCAGCGGCAGGGUUCUCACCUGCCUGGCCCGCCUCUUCACCGCCUACCUGCAGCUCUACAGAGGCUUCACCUUGGGAGUAGAAGACAUUUUGGUCAAGCCAAAGGCGGAUGUCAGGAGACAUGGGAUCAUUGAAGAGUCAACCCACUGUGGGCCCCGGGCUGUCAGGGCUGCGUUAAACCUGCCAGAGGCAGCGUCAUGUGAUGAGGUCCGAGGGAAGUGGCAGGAUGCCCAUCUGGGUAAAGACCAGAGGGAUUUUAACAUGAUUGACCUGAAGUUCAAGGAGGAAGUGAACCAUUACAGCAAUGAAAUUAACAAGGCAUGCAUGCCCUUCGGCCUGCACAGACAGUUCCCAGAGAAUAAUCUGCAGAUGAUGGUGCAGUCUGGAGCCAAAGGUUCGACAGUGAACACCAUGCAGAUCUCGUGCCUGCUGGGCCAGAUCGAAUUGGAAGGCCGGAGACCCCCGCUCAUGGCAUCUGGCAAGUCGUUGCCCUGCUUCGAGCCUUAUGAAUUCACCCCCAGGGCUGGUGGCUUCGUCACUGGCAGGUUCCUCACUGGCAUCAAGCCUCCGGAGUUCUUCUUCCACUGCAUGGCCGGGCGAGAGGGUCUGGUGGACACUGCUGUGAAGACCAGCCGUUCCGGCUACCUCCAGAGGUGCAUCAUCAAACACCUGGAGGGGCUGGUGGUCCAGUACGACCUGACAGUCCGCGACAGCGACGGCAGCGUGGUGCAGUUCCUGUACGGGGAGGACGGCCUGGACAUCCCCAAGACACAGUUCCUGCAGCCUAAGCAGUUCCCCUUCCUCGCCAGCAACUAUGAGGUGAUAAUGAAAUCAAAGCAUCUCCAUGAAGUUUUAUCCAGAGCGGAUCCCCAGAAAGCUCUCCGUCACUUCAGAGCCAUCAAAAAAUGGCACAGCAAGCAUUCCAACACCCUCCUAAGGAAAGGCGCCUUCUUGAAUUACUCCCAAAAAAUUCAGGCGGCCGUGAAAGCCUUGAACCUUGAGGGCACAAACCAGAACGGCCGCAGCCCCGAAACUUACCAGAUGCUGAGGAUGUGGGCUGAGUUAGAUGAACAAAGCCGGAGGAAGUACCAGAAGAAGGCGGCUCCUUGUCCCGACCCCAGUCUGUCUGUCUGGCGCCCGGACAUCUACUUUGCAUCUGUGUCAGAAACAUUUGAAAAGAAGAUGGACGACUACAGCUGUGAGUGGGCAGCUCAGGCAGAGAGGAGUUACGAGAAAUCAGGGCUUUCUCUCGACAGUUUGAGGACUCUGCUGCAGCUCAAGUGGCAGCGCUCACUAUGUGACCCGGGUGAGGCCGUGGGCCUGCUGGCCGCCCAGAGCAUCGGGGAGCCCUCCACACAGAUGACCCUGAACACCUUCCACUUUGCCGGCAGAGGCGAGAUGAACGUCACCCUGGGCAUUCCGAGGUUACGGGAGAUCCUCAUGGUGGCCAGCGCCAACAUCAAGACGCCGAUGAUGAGUGUACCUGUGUUCAAUACCAAGAAAGCGCUGAAGAAAGUGAAAAGCCUGAAGAAGCAACUCACCAGAGUGUGUCUUGGGGAGGUGUUGGAGAAAAUUGAUGUCCAGGAGUCCUUCUGUAUGGGGGAGAAACAGAACAAGUUCCGGGUAUACCAGCUGCGGUUUCAGUUCCUGCCACACGCGUACUACCAGCAGGAGAAGUGCGUGAGGCCUGAGGACAUCUUACACUUCAUGGAAACCAGAUUCUUUAAAAUUCUGAUGGAAGCCAUCAGGAAGAAGAACAGUAAAGCAUCGGCUUUCAGAAGUGUGAACACGCGGAGAGCCACCCAGCGGGAUCUAGACAAUGCUGGCGAGUCGGAGAGGAGUCGGGGAGGGCAGGAGGGCGACGAGGAAGAGGAGGGGCACAUUGUGGACGCUGAAGCUGAGGAGGGAGAUGCUGAUGCCUCGGAUGCCAAACGCAAGGAGAAACAAGAAGAGGAGGUCGACUACGACAGCGAGGAGGAGGAGGAGAAGGAGGAGGAGGAGGAGGAGGAGAAGGAGGACGAGGACGGUCAGGAGGAAGGGGCCGGCCUCAAAGAAGGCGUUCAGCAGGAGCAGGAGGAAGGCGGCUGGGUCCCCGAGGAGAACUCGCUCCCCGGCGCCCCCCUGACGCGGCCACAGAAGCGCGCCCAAAGCCGGGAGCCCCAGGGGGCCGAGGCGGUGGAGCGCCGGGUACAGGCCGUGCGCGAGUGCCACCCAUUCAUAGAGGACUACCAGUACGACACACAGGGCGGCCUGUGGUGCCAGGUGACACUGAAGCUCCCUCUCAUGAAGGUCAACUUUGACAUGAGCUCCCUGGUAGCGUCCUUGGCCCAAGGAGCUGUCAUCUAUGCAACCAAGGGUAUCACAAGGUGCCUCCUGAAUGAGACCACCAACAGUAAGAACGAGAAGGAGCUUGUCUUAAACACAGAAGGAAUCAACCUCCCAGAGCUGUUCAAGUAUGCCGAGGUCCUGGAUCUGCGCCGUCUCUAUUCCAACGACAUCCAUGCCAUGGCCAGCACGUAUGGCAUUGAGGCCGCACUGCGCGUGAUCGAGAAAGAGAUCAAGGACGUGUUCGCCGUAUAUGGCAUCACCGUUGACCCCCGCCACCUCUCCCUGGUGGCUGAUUACAUGUGCUUUGAGGGCGUUUACAAGCCCCUGAACCGCUUUGGGAUCCGGUCAAACUCCUCGCCACUGCAGCAGAUGACGUUUGAGACCAGCUUCCAGUUUCUGAAGCAGGCCACGCUCAUGGGAUCCCAUGACGAACUGAGGUCCCCAUCAGCCUGCCUCGUGGUCGGGAAGGUCGUCAAGGGUGGGACCGGCCUCUUCGAGCUCAAGCAGCCACUGAGAUAGCGCCCCCUGUGCACCGGCCCGCCCGUCACAGGAGAGAACUGGGAGACCAGGGUCCUGGGCAGGUCACAGUGACGGCACAGGGCCUGGCAGUGACUUUGGGGGUCCAAAGAGCAGCUGGCCUUUGAGCUGGACUGAGAUCACCUGGGAAGUGGACAAGUUGUUUAUCCUCACCCCUUCCCAUCUCAAGAUGUGAAUGAAGCCCUUACCAGAUACCCUCCAGACCCUCUACCCCCGGCCCAAAGUGGCCGGACCUCCCCCGGGUGCUGCAGGACACCUCGGAGGUGGAACCCCCGGACACCCCAGGGUAGCGAGGUGAGGUCUCAGUGCUGUGAGCAGCCAGUGACUGCAGGCAGGCUUCCUGGGGGCUCACAACGGGCAGAGCACUGCUGCCCCUUGUCCUGCUUCUGCUGGCUGCACCAGCCCCCUGGGACAGAGUUCUGUAAGAGUCACACCUGAGGCUCUCUGGAUCAAGCACAAGAUGAUAGAGACCUCUCCCCACCCACUUUCUAUGCCUGGGGUGUGUGGCUUCACACCCCAGCCGGUCAGAUCGGCCCUGAGCCUGGGGCAGGCCUCUCUGGAGCCCCAGCAGCUCACCCCAACAUGAAACCCUGACUCCCCAGCCGGGCUGCACUGUUGGAGGGAGUGGCCUGGCUCUGUUUCCCUAGCUCUGCUCUCAAUCCAGCACUGAGACCUGUGUCUCUCUGUAGGAUCUGCCCCAUCCGGGGUCAUCCAGGCUCCCUUGACCUCUGGUACCAGCAGCAUGGGGCCCUGGCAUGAACAGAAAAGUCAGAGGACUUGGACCCAGGCUUUGUAGAACCAGAGGCUGUUUCUAUUUUCGUCUAAUGUUAUUCCAACUCAGGCUGAGUAAUAAACAUUGCUGGAACCAGCAUCGGGAGGAGAAACAUGGAAAAGA